ACCGUCACGAGCACCAAUUUAACAUAAACAUAUAACAUUUACGCACAUACUAUUUAUACUUUUAACAUUUUGUGAAGAAUGUUCAAUAGUCGAGCCAUCGUCAGAAUGAUCCAACAAACACAUUCUACAAUGGAACAGCAGGAAGCGGAGGAGGACGCUGCUAUGGAUCUGUAUAAGCUAGGAAUAAUAAAAAGUUACAUGAACUUUAGAAAUGAUGCUCAUGAGUCUUCUUUGCUGAAAGAAAUGAAAAGGCUUUUUGAUGAAGACUUGUUGAAGGAUGUAACAUUGUGUGUCGGAAAACUAGAAUUUACUUGUCACAAAAAUGUUCUGGCAUCCUUGAGUCCUUAUUUUAGACUUAUGUUCACUCUUGACCUGGCAGAAAAGAAACAAGAUCGUAUUGAAAUAUUUGAUGUUGAUGCGACCGCAAUGAAAGAUAUACUGGAAUAUGCGUAUACAGGAAAAAUAAAAAUAACAAUUAGAAAUGUUCAAGAUCUUUUAAGUGCUGCUUCAUUGUUUCAGAUUUUGCCAGUGCAGCGUGCAUGUGCAAAGUUUCUAGAAAAUCAUUUGUCAGUCAGUAAUUGCAUUGGCAUUUAUCAUUUUGCAGAAAUUCAUAACUGUGUAGCUUUGAAAAUAAAGGCUAGAGAAUUUAUUGAAAAGAAUUUCACAGAUGUGGUUAAGUCAGAUGAAUUUUAUUCGCUUAAUUUGAUCAAACUAAGUGAGUUUAUUUUGUCAGAUGAAUUGAAUGUGGAAACAGAAGACACUGUGCUGGAAGCUUUGAUUAACUGGGCAGAGCAUGAAUUUGCAUCAAGAAAGAACGACUUUUGUGAACUUCUCCCUCUUGUAAGAUUACCCCUGAUAAGGUCCCAUAUAGUUCGAGAUAAAUUGGGUAAGCAUCCACUUGUGUUGAACUGCACUAAGUGCAAGAGUUAUUUGCAGCAUUUAUGUGAUUUUGAAGACAACCCGGCUACAUACGAGGGAGAUUUUGACUUCAGCUUAAACCUGCGCACUGGAAUGUAUGUUCCUCAGAGCUGCCUGCUGAUAAUAGGUGGUGUGGAACAGACAGGAGUAAGACCGUGUCCAAACUGCUACAAUCCGGUUGCAAGAGAGGCAUUCUAUAUAGACGAGUUUCCAGAAUCAAAGAAGAUUGGCAAGUAUGACUGCGAAGACAUAGCGUGCGUUGUAACCGAGGAUAAUCAGAUCUUUGCUGGUGGUGGCAACUAUAUACAUCACCACCUCUUUGAUGAUUCUGAAGAUGACUCAUUCGAAGAGUUGGAGUAUAAGGAGUAUGUGGUGCAGAAAGAUUUCUAUCAGUUUGACAUGGACCACAAUGAAUGGUGCGCUAGGGCGCCGAUGCUGUUUCCGAAAUCGAACUUCACUCUUGCCAGUCUUAAUGGGAAGAUAUAUUGUUUUGGAGGUCUGACAGAGAAUAAACACCCCACAGAGAUAAUUGAAGUCUAUGACAUUGAGAGAAAUCGCUGGAACUAUCAAGGUAUGCUGCCCACAACGCUAGUAGACUUGUCAUCCAUCGUGUACAAGGAGCAUAUCUAUCUGGUCGGAGGGCGGACAGGAGUGGGGGCACAUAACAGUCUCAUAAGAUACAGUCCUGAAAACGAAGACUGGACAUCGCUGGCGGGCAUGCUAACCCCACGCUUCAACUUUGGAGCCUGUGUGGUGGGAGAUGAGAUCUACGUGGCAGGGGGCCAGAUCUACUCACAUAACACGUACACCAUCAACAGAGAGGUACUAAGGACAGUAGAAAUUUACAACAUGGACGCAAAUCAGUGGCGACUUGGGCCAGAGCUGCCUAUGGAUCUUUUCAACGUCAGUCUAGCAGUUAUUAAGGGAGCUUUGUAUGCAUGCGGCAUCCCAGAAUUCAGCGAUGACGGUCCCUCUCAUUGGUUUAAUGUUAUUUGCAGGCUGGAUCCAGGCAAGAAUGAAUGGGAAGUCAUAGAGGACAGUCUUUGUAAUGUGAGGAAUUUUACCUGUGUUGUAGCUAAAAUGCAUCCACGGAAAUUUCAGAAAAUUUAAAUAAAUUAUCAAUGCUGUAUUUCUGCUCUAUUUAUAAGCACUUCUUAUGCCAAAAUAUCUGAAGGCUUGUAAAUUAGAAAAUGAUGUUUACAGCAGAGCAUUUUGUAAUGCUUUUAUCAUUUCUUUUCAAAACUGGUAUUGACUAUUUAAGAAAUAUCAUGGACAAUGGGCUUGUAGCAGAAUUCUGCAUUUAAACCUGGUUUGUUGUAAUUGUACUGAUAGUGUUCUGCUUUUGUGAUAUUUGUACUUGCUGUGCCAAUUGAUUUCACAUUGCAUUUGUUAUUGUGUUAGUGGAUUAUUUAUAUUUCAAGUGAUUGCUUAAUGCGGAAGCAUUUUUUUGCUUAGAGUUAAAUCAUUUGAAGUGGUGCACAUAUUUCAUACAGGUUUCUUUUCUUUUGUCUGUAUAGUUUAUUGUUUUCAUUUAUUAUUGUUUUAACUGUUGGUGUAAACAAAGAUUGCUUAUCUGGCAAGUCUUUGGUGGCAAAACUCUUUUUAUAUCAAAUUCAACUUUACACAAUAGUUUACUUAUUACAAAAUAUUGCCUAAAAUAUGAAAAAAAAUAUAUCAUAAGUUUGCAAAGUUUAUCUUUAUUUCACUGUCACAAAAUGCUAGACGAUAGGUACACACGCUUGCAUACAUGUGUAGGCCUAUCUUGGAUGACACUUAAUUCACAUGCAUUAAGCUCAGUUUUCCCAGAACAAUUCUCAUAUUAUUGAUUAUACGUGCUACUGCUAGGAAGUAGAAGCGGGUAUGCUGGAAUCACCAAUUACAUCUGUACAGGUGUCUGUAUGUAGACUUGCUCUGACAGUGCCUUUUCCUUGAUUUGGGGAAAAGGUCUGGCCUUCCAUUUUGGGCAAAAAAAUAUUAGCAAAUAAAGGGUGAAGAAAUUUCCUAAAGUAAGCUUGAACAUUGGUGAAAAUUUUAUCAUUUCAAAGAAAUUCUCUUAGGGGAAGGGGCCUUUCUCUUGGGGAAAGGGGCCUUUCUCUAAGGGGAAGGGGCCUUUCUCUUGGGGGCAGGGGCCUUUCUCAUGGGGGAAGGGGCCUAUAUAAGGCCCUUGAAGCCUGAGAUGUAUUCCUUCACUUUCCCACAUACAAACUUGCUUUUUAUGAUAAGAAGUUGUGCGUUUGCAAUCUAUUAUCAGUUCAAGGAUUGCUACAGUUUUAAUAAGCACCUUUUCCAACUUAGAAUGUGAUUAUUUCAACAUGGAACAUAUUAAGUGAAGUGAUUGGGGAUACUAGUCCUUACUAGAACAAGUUGUAGUUUCAAUGGAAUAUAGAUUAAUCUUAUGUACCAUUUACAUAUGAGCCAUGUCAUGCAAAAUUGGGUCUAAUGCCAUAUGUGACCAAAGAGGCUUCAGAACAGCCUGUGCAUAAAGUGCAGCCUUUUCAGGAGCUAACCUGUCCUCUAAUGACACCACCAUUGCGCAGACUGGUCUGGAGGCAAGCUGGCUGCAUAUGGCAUAAGACUCCAUAUUGUAUGACAUGGUCAUGCUGUUCUUGUAAUUUAUUGUUUGAAUUUGACACUUAUUUAUAUUUUUGUCUCUAUUAUGGAAGUUGAAUAUAAUUAUGUGCACUGUUGGAAGAUAUGACAACAAAAGGUACAAUUAUCUUUUUUUACUAUUAUACAUUGAUGUUUGCAAAUAACAUGUUAUUAAGUCAAUAAUCAGUAAGGUCCAUGUUUUGGUUUGAAUUUGUGUCCUCAUUGAGAGUUUAAAAUGUAACUUAGUUGUAAUUAUGUUCAAAUGUACGUUAUCUGCAUCUUAUCUCUUUUGUUAACCCAUUUUUAAUGAAGUUUUCAACAAAAUUAUCUUGGUUAUGAUAUUGGGUUAUUACAAUUGGGUGGCAUCAAUAACAUUAGUAUACAUUGACCAGUCCUGCUGAAAAUUUAGAUAUAAAAAGAUUGCAUCAACAUUUAGCUUGGGAUGGUAUUUGGGGCUUGUGGGGUCCAGGUUAAGGUCACUGUUACUAAAAAUAGCAAAAUACUUUAAGCUCUAUAACUUAAGUUUGGAUGGAGAUAUAACACUGAAAUUGUAUGUGUGGGUAACUGACGUGAAGACCAAGCUUGUCAGCGCAUUUGGGGCCAGUUUCGUCAAGGUCAUUGCUACUAAAAUUAGAAAACCAGAAAAACAAGUUGCUUUCUGUUUCUUAUCUGUAACUUUAGUUUGCAGUGACCAAUAUUUUAAAAACUUUUUAUGAAACAAGCUUGAACUAGCAUAUGGUGCUAUUUGGGUCAAGGUCACUGUUUUGAAACUUGUAAAAAUCCUUAAAAUAAAUUAAUUUCAAUUUCUAUGGAGGUAUUGCACUGAAAAUUGUUGUGUCAAUAGCUCUCAGGUACUUGCAGAUGACCUUGAAUAAGCAUUUGGUUUCAGUUGGGUCAUGGUCACAGUUUCUAAAAAUAGACAAACAGUUUUCACUCAAAAACUUAAGUUUUGAUGGGAGAAUUGUGCUGAAAUUGUCUUCAUCUGUAGUUAACAUACAGGCCUUGGUUGGUUUUUUAUUUGGGGCAAGUUGGCUCUAGGUCAAGGUCAGUGUUUUCCAAAAACAGAACAAUUGGUUUCCAAACAAUACAUUGAGAUUUUUUAUUAAGAAAUUUUUCAAUUAGUUGUUAGUUAACCUGCAGGCAUAGAGCUUGGAAUAUCAUUUGCAAGUUUAGUCAACUCAAGGUUACUGUUUCUAAAAAGGGGACCUAUUUCUGCUAAAUGACUUAAGCUUGGAGGCAUUGGUCUGACAUUGUAUGUCUAGGUAGCUUUCAUAUGACUUCCUUGGGAUUGCACAAUUUGUUAAUUUGACACUGAGCACAUUUACACGUGUUGAAAACCUGGUUUUGAAGAGAUUCCAUGUUUCAUGUUUACAUUAAAGACAACCAUGAAUUUCUUGUUUCUUUUUUUUUGCUCAGUUUAUUAAACUGCUUGAUAGACUCCCAAUUAAAAUGUAGAACCAAGUGCAUUUAACACAUAUACUAUCAAAUAUACAACUAUGUGUUUGUCUGGUGGAAAAGGCUAUAAAACAACUAGUUUAAAACCUUUGCAUUGUAAUGGAAAAGUGUUGUAUGACUUAAAACACAAAUACAUUAAACAUAAUUUCAUAAUUGAAAACCAGUGUGCAUUUUAAUUAAGUCCACUUACAUUUCUUAAAAAAGGGGCCUGAGAUGUUUUCAAACAUGUUCUUGGCAAAAUUUCACAGGUGUCAAACAGCUGGAAAUUAUGUUUGAAAACACAAAUACAAAUAUGGAAAGAAGACUACUUCCACAUAGUAGUAUUUACCUUGAACUGCUGAAUAAGCAUAUUUAAUUAAUAUUUAAUUUUAGAGCCAUGAAAUUCCGGAUUUCAUUUCCAUACAUGUUAAAAGCUUUGACUACGUAAAUUGUGAUUCAUAUAAUCUGUAUUUUAUGUUUAAUGUGGGGAAAAAAUAUAAACCCAAAUAUCUGUUUAAUGUUUACACAUUUUACAUGUUAAAUGUAUUUGUAGUAACAGUAUUAUAAGCUUCUUCUGAACUUUUUAUAUUCACUUUACUGUAAAACAAUGAAAUGUAUGAUAUUUGCAAGUUAGUUAUAAUAUAUUAUAUAGUGGUUAAUUUAAAGUGAUAUUAUGGGCUUUUUAACCAGGUUUUUAACCA